AUGUCUGUUUCGGAUUGUAACUUGUUUUGGAAGUACUACGCGGGUUUCCAAAAUUCAACGGCAAAAUCAUUGUGCAAUUUUGAAAAAAAUUUUAUACCUUUCUCAUACAGUUUUCAAAGUUAUUCAUCAGAAAUUUCAGUUUCAAGUAUUUUGAUAAACAUUGUACAUGUUUUUAUUCUCACACGGAAACCAAUGAGAACAUCUUCUAUCAAUAUCCUGAUGGCUGCAGUUGCAUUAUUUGAUAUUUUCACCAAUUUUCAACAAAUUGAAAUAAUAUUUGAACGGAACACUUCUAUCUUCUUCGAAUGCUUCCCCACAGAUACAUACGGUGUCAUUCUAACAAGAGCUAUAUUUGACAUCGUCAAUGAUUAUUCAAGAAGGUGCUCAACAUGGUUCAUUGUUUCAAUCGCUUUUAUGCGAACAUUGAUGGUUCGGAAUCCAUUGCACUCCACGUAUCAGUCUCUGGGAAACCCGAAUGCGUCUGUCAUCGUUAUUUCUGGAGUUUGCGCAGCAAGCUUGCCUAUUUCAAUUUUCAAGUUUUUUGAAACUCAGUUUUUUGUUGUGACUGAGAGCCUAUAUGUUUGUGCUCUCCAAGGAACUUAUUAUUUAGCUGCUAUGUCCCACUUUUUCAUGAAAAACAAUGGAUUUAUCGCCAAAUACUUUUCCUUAUUCAAUUCGUUUGUGUCAGAUAUCAUUCCAUGUCUACUGCUACCAAUUGUAACCGUGUUACUUGUUAUGGAUUUAUGGAAAACCGCCAAGAAAAGAGCAAAUAUUGUGUCUGUUAGUAAUAAAAACAAUUUUCGGAGCAAAACUGGAUUAGUGUUCUGCGUUACUAUCAUGUUUUUCCUUGUUGAAUUUCCUUAUGGAUCGAGCUUGGGGGCUGUGUGGAUGUAUAAAAAUGCACCGGGCAUGCAACAAAUAUUGGCUCACGUUGGGUUCAUUUUCUCAAUGCUAAUCACUUUGAACACUUGCACUCAUUUUUUUAUUUGUCUGCUCAUAUCAUCUCAAUACCGAAAAACAAUCAUCCACGUCUUGUCCUGUGGAUUUAUUAAUUCGAAAAAAACAAGUGCAAGCAAGGCUGUUGUUAACUUGCCAGUUCAAUCAAAAACGCUACCAUAA